CUCUGCUGCUGGGCUGCGGUGUGAACAUGGGUGUGUUGGAGAGAUCAGUCUUCCCUACAGACUCUGAAGACAUGAGGGUCCCUCCUUGCCGCUGCCACUGAGCAGGGAAUAGGCAAGCUCAGGUUUUAAGGAGCACGGUUUUCAGGCUGCCCACCCACCAUCUCCCACUUGCUCUGGCUCUCUCCCAUCACCAGUUUGCCUCCUGUGCUGGAGUCCAGGCCAGAGCGUCACACCCCUCCCCCACUGCCUGUCUGGACUGGGCUGGCCGGGCGGCAGCAUUGGAUAGGCUGGGAGUGAUCUGACAUCGUCCUCUCCCCUGUCCUUCUAGGCCAAGCGGGCCGUGCAAAGAGGGGCCACCGCAGUCAUAUUUGAUGUGUCUGAAAAUCCAGAUGCCAUUGAUCAGUUGAACCGAGGCUUGGAAGACCCUCUGAAGAGACCAGUCGUGUAUGUGAAGGGGGCUGAUGCUGUCAAGCUGAUGAACAUCGUGAACAAACAGAAGGUCGCCCGGGCCAGGAUCCAGCAUCGACCUCCCCCACAACCUACGGAAUAUUUCGACAUGGGGAUAUUCUUGGCCUUUUUUGUGGUGGUGUCUCUUGUUUGCCUUGUUCUGCUUGUCAAGAUCAAACUAAAGCAGCGCCGCAGCCAGAGUUCCAUGAACAGGCUUGCUGUGCAGGCGCUGGAAAAGAUGGAGACACGGAAGUUCAAAUCCAAGUUGAAAGGGCACUCCGAAGAGAUCUGCGGUGCUCUGGAUACCCUCAGCAGCAGCUCUACCUCGGACUGCGCUAUUUGCCUGGAGAAAUAUGUCGACGGGGAGGAGCUGCGUGUGAUUCCUUGUGCUCACCGGUUCCACAGAAAGUGUGUGGACCCAUGGCUUCUGCAGCAUCACACAUGCCCGCAUUGCCGUCACAACAUCAUAGAACAAAAGAAAGGAUCCCCAGGACAGAUGUGUGAGGAAUUUGCUAAUCAGCUCCACAGCCGGCAGCAGCAACGGCCGGUGAUCCUUCCAGUUCACUAUCCUGGCCGUAUUCACAGAACAAGCCAAGUGACUGCAUAUCCAACCCGGACUAGUAUGGAUCACCACGGGAAUCCUAUCACUGUCUUGACAGUGGACCGGCACGGGGAGGCCCCUGCCUUCAUCCGGAGCUACCAGCCGAUCCACUUGGAUCACACUUUGAGCGCCCACCCGUGCGGCAUGGAGCACAGGGCCUACCCCACCGCACACCCUUUCCGGAGGCCCAAGUUCAGUGGCCAUCCCUUUCCCAAACCUGCUUGUUUUUCACAGUACGGAACCAUGUUUCAGCACUACUAUUUCCAAGGCCUGAGCUACCCAGAGCAAAAUGGACAGCUUCCUCUGGGCUUGGCUGCCAAGGGCCCCCCUCGUGCCUUCCAGCCUGCGGGUAGCAGACUUUUCCCUCCAGUGGUCCAUGUCUCCCCCUCGUCCCACCUGGAGAGCAGCAGCACUUCCAGCUUUGGCUGUUACCACGGCCACCGCUCAGUCUGCAGUGGCUACCUGGCAGAUUGUCCGGGCAGCGACAGCAGCAGUAGCAGCUCAGCCCAGUGCCGCUGCUCUUCCAGUGAUUCCAUGGUGGACUGCACGGAGGUGAGCAACCAGGGCGUCUAUGGGAGUUGCUCCACUUUUCGCAGCUCACUGAGCAGUGACUAUGACCCAUACGUCUACCGCAGCAAAAGCCCCUGCCGGGGAAGUGAAGGGAGUGGGGUGAACAGAGGGGCCGUGGUUCUUGUCGAAGGCCUCCGUUCAUCCCGCCUGACCCAAGGCGAGUGCUUCCCUGUCUCAGCCGUCUCUGCAGGAGACCAGCUUUCAGACUGCAGCCUGGAGAUGAAUUACAGCAGCAGCUCCUCACUGGAGCAUCGGGAGCCUCCUGGCACCUCGGAGGAAGCCCUCGAAGCCCUCUCCAGGGCAGCUGGGGAUGCGAGUCAGUCCUGCAGAAGGGCUCAGGAUCCAACUUGUGCCUGCCACCAGGAGUCCACGGGCAGGGGGGCUGAACGCAGCACGCUUCUCCUGGGGCCACCAUUUUGGACAGGGUGUGGCCCUGGGCAAGAGCCUUUGGCAGAGAGAGGCCAGGGCUUGUACAGUGUUCGGACGGAGGGCGGGGAGUGCCAGGCCUUGCCUUGCUGCUUCUAUGAAGAGAAGCAGGUGACCAGCAGCAGCAGCAACUGCCCCAGCCAAGCUGCCUGCUACACGGAGGACUAUUCCAUCAACGUACAGUACGUAUAUGCUGAGGACUCCUUGCCGAGCUGCUUCCCGGGGGAGCGUGACCUGGGCCAGCGGAUCACCAUCAUUCCCGAGGACAGGGAUGAUGAGCUGGCCGUGCCUGUGGAGUGCCGAGGAGGCAGCAGCCCUUGGGAGGGGCUGCGUGAGAUGGACACCAGUGGGCUUCAGCUAGCUCUGGGGGAGGUGCUCAGUAACCAGGAGAAGGAAGUGCACGGCCAGUCAACAGACCCUCUGCAGAGAGAGGCCCAGGAGCUCCUUGUGAGGUCUGCCCUGAGUGAUUCUGAGGCCACAAGGCUAGCAGUAGACACCCAGACUGGACCAGAUGGCUCUUCCAUCGAGAGAUGUCCAGCUGGGGACUAACCUGAGGAACAACUUGUUGGGAGGAUUCUCCACUCCUGCUGGACUUCCAAACUGUUUUUCAUUUUGGCUAACUCACGGCAGUUGGCGCUGGAGAAGGCUGUGUGCCGGCAGAAGGCGGGGUGCUGGGUGUGAGCUCAUCCAGGGCAGACUUUGGGCCAUACAGCUGUUUGACCCAAAGUGUUCUUUAGACCACUGUUCCGCCCGUGGUUGCAGGAUCAGCCCCUACCGACUAGGAUAACUAAGCCACGCUGCGGAGCAAGGUUGCUGUCCUGUUCAGGGAGGGAGUCUUGGAUUGCCUUCGAACACAAAGAGCACUUUGAAGCAGAAUUUGUCCAAAGGCUGCGAGUUUGCUGAGUCCUUAGUGCCUGCCCUUCCCUCCUCCGGGUGAAGCCAGCCUGGGGUGGGGGUGGGGUGCUGGGCUAACAGCUGCUCCUCCAGACCCUUCAGGGCCACCCACGACCAGUGGAUGAAUAGCUUGGAUCCCUCCCCCCUUGGCCAGUGCUCAGGUCAAUGGAGGCAGCUAGUUCAAUGGCAAAGGCCUUUACCUCUGUGGCAGCGACUCCAGCACUUCUGCUGAGAUGCCAGUGAGGUCUGCUGCUGGAACACGUUGCCAGGGGCUCUGGAGGCCACUGCCCAGUGCCUGCUAGCCUGCACUUGCUAAGCGUUAUCACACUCAUGCCCAUAAGCACUCACCGCCAGUUGCUGAUCGUUUCCUAUGGAAACAGUGGCUUCUGACUAGCCCAGGCCACUCCCAAACGGUUCCAGAUGGCGCCCCUUCUGUGUGGUCAGGACUUGGGCAGAGGGCACUGCUGGGUGUACGUGGUUGCAAGGAGACAGGUAGUAUUUCUGUGCUUCUCCCCACGUGUAAUCAGUUUUCUGCAAGACUGCUGAAGUAUACGUGGUGAGGGGAGUCAGUUUUAAAUGGGUUGUGCCCAGAACCUGCCCCCCCCCCUCCGGCCAUAUUAAUGUGGUAGAAUCAUGGCAUUGUGAAAUUUAACUGGGUGAGGCUUGAGCAGCAGACUGGCACGAGGAGUUCUGUGGAACUCGAAAGCUCACACAUUGUUUUGCAUGAUAGGGAUUGGCCUUAGUAAAAAGUAUUACAUGGAUUGGUUUCUUCUGGAUUUUGCUGGGUCAGUAUGACUGUUUACAGCAUUUUACUUCAUUUUGUGCUCCUCUAAUAGGAAAAAUGGACCCCAAUAUUUUGUCCUCAUUCUGCAUUUGUUCAAUUACUCACAGAGGUCAGAUUUACAAGAACUGGGGCCUGUUAGCCUCUUUUCUAUUCAAAGGGGCACAGGUGGGGCAAAGCACAAUGAGAAGACCCUGUGUAGUUUCCUCCACCUGCUCUCCCUGCAGAGGAGUCACUCCAUGACAGAAGGCCACCUUGCUGCUGCUGGCUCCAUGAAAGAGGGCUAGCAAACUGGUAGGUCUGGGACCACCUCUUUGAGUUAGCCCCCUGCAUGAAAGAACAGUAGUCAGCUAACUGGGAGAUCUGGGAGCGCCAUGGACUCCAGGAGUAGAAGAUCAGAAUCUCUAUUUCCCUCUAUUUCUUUUCUUCCUCUUCUCUUCCCUCCUCCAGUUUAACUCUUGCCCUGUCUGCAUUGCCUUCCUGGCUGAUGUUUCAAUGGCUGCAGCUCCUUCAGGGGAAAGGUUUUUGCAGUGGUCAGUACAGUCAAUUAGUUGUUUUUAAUCCCAAAGGCCUUCCUCUUAAAGUAACAGUUGCCAUUCUGUUGGACUCACAAGGCACUAUUUUAAAUGAUUUUUAAUAAAAUGAAACUAUUCUGUAGCACUUAAACCAUUUUGUAUAAAGUUUACUGUAAAGACUUGUAAUACGGCUAAAGGGCUCUUUCUCCAUUACCCUUUUUAAUGUUUCUAAGGCUAGAAAACUACUUGAUGUAUAUUCUGUAUAUGUAAAGCAGCACAUUUCAUUUAUGGAAAGAUGUUCUCAGAAUAUUUAUUUACUAAUAUAUUUAUCUUAAGCCAUGUCCUAUGUUGACUGUGUGAUAUUGUCCAAAUAAUAAUUGAAAAUCACUAACAGGAAACCCUGUAAAUACACAAUAAUUGCACACAAAGAUUUUACAAUGUUUGCUGACCAAAAAGUGAUUUUUAAAAUAAGUUGUAGUUCUCUACAGUUUUGUAACAAAGUGUACAAAUGUCUGUUUUAAAAAAAUACAGUUUUAUUGUCUAAUUUG